UGUAACCGAGGAAGGAGGGAACUAUUUUUAGUGCGGAUGGAUAUAGUCUAUGACGUGUCCGCCUCUCAUAUAUAAAGCUGUUUACAGCGAGAGCGUAAUCAAACGUCCGAACUAAAUCGAGCGACGACUAAGUGUUGAAUACAGCUACUUCUUAUACGUGCAAUUAUGCAGAUCUUCGUGAAGACUCUCACUGGCAAGACAAUCACCCUUGAGGUUGAGCCAAGUGACACCAUUGAGAAUGUCAAAGCCAAAAUCCAAGAUAAAGAAGGCAUUCCUCCUGACCAGCAGAGGUUGAUCUUUGCCGGCAAACAGCUGGAAGAUGGUCGCACACUCUCAGACUACAACAUCCAGAAGGAGUCGACCCUUCAUCUUGUCCUGCGUCUGCGAGGUGGCAUGCAGAUCUUCGUGAAAACCCUCACUGGCAAGACCAUCACUCUUGAGGUUGAGCCCAGUGACACCAUUGAGAAUGUCAAGGCUAAAAUCCAAGACAAGGAGGUUCCUCCUGAUCAACAGAGGUUGAUCUUUGCCGGCAAGCAGCUGGAAGAUGGUCGCACCCUUUCAGACUACAACAUUCAGAAGGAGUCCACCCUCCAUCUUGUACUGCGUCUGCGAGGUGGCAUGCAAAUCUUCGUGAAAACGCUCACUGGCAAGACCAUCACCCUUGAAGUUGAGCCAAGUGACACCAUUGAGAAUGUCAAAGCCAAAAUCCAGGACAAGGAAGGCAUUCCCCCUGAUCAGCAGAGGUUGAUCUUUGCCGGCAAGCAGCUGGAAGAUGGUCGCACCCUUUCAGACUACAACAUCCAGAAGGAGUCGACCCUUCAUCUUGUCCUGCGUCUGCGAGGUGGCAUGCAGAUCUUUGUGAAAACACUCACUGGCAAGACCAUCACUCUUGAGGUCGAGCCCAGUGACACCAUUGAGAAUGUCAAGGCCAAAAUCCAAGACAAGGAAGGCAUUCCCCCUGAUCAGCAGAGGUUGAUCUUUGCCGGCAAGCAGCUGGAAGAUGGCCGCACCCUUUCAGACUACAACAUCCAGAAGGAGUCCACCCUCCAUCUUGUCCUGCGUCUGCGAGGUGGCAUGCAGAUCUUUGUGAAAACCCUCACUGGCAAGACCAUCACUCUUGAGGUCGAGCCCAGUGACACCAUUGAGAAUGUCACCAAAAUCCAGGACAAGGAAGGAAUUCCUCCUGAUCAACAGAGGUUGAUCUUUGCCGGCAAGCAGCUGGAAGAUGGCCGCACCCUUUCAGACUACAACAUUCAGAAGGAGUCCACCCUCCAUCUUGUACUGCGUCUGCGAGGUGGCAUGCAAAUCUUCGUGAAAACGCUCACUGGCAAGACCAUCACCCUUGAAGUUGAGCCAAGUGACACCAUUGAGAAUGUCAAAGCCAAAAUCCAGGACAAGGAAGGCAUUCCCCCUGAUCAGCAGAGGUUGAUCUUUGCCGGCAAGCAGCUGGAAGAUGGCCGCACCCUCUCAGACUACAACAUUCAGAAAGAGUCCACCCUCCAUCUUGUCCUGCGUCUGCGAGGUGGCAUGCAGAUCUUUGUGAAAAUCACUGGCAAGACCAUCACUCUUGAGGUUGAGCCAAGUGACACCAUUGAGAAUGUCAAAGCCAAAAUCCAGGACAAGGAAGGCAUUCCCCCUGAUCAGCAGAGGUUGAUCUUUGCCGGCAAGCAGCUGGAAGAUGGUCGCACCCUUUCAGACUACAACAUCCAGAAGGAGUCGACCCUCCAUCUUGUCCUCCGCCUGAGGGGUGGCCAGUAGUAGAUUACAAUUGUUACUCUUAAAGUUAAAAUGUUAAUUUCUCAGGCUAAUGCCAUGUUGACCAAAUGUUAUGUGAAGGUUGGAAUAAAUAAUAAAAGCUAUCAUUCUG